AAAUCUCCCGAGUGGCUCUUUAUUUGGCAGGAAGUUAGCUUAAGAAGCUAACAUCGGGCCCAGUCAUGAGGACAGGCUGAGGAGCAGAAAUUGGCAAAUAAACAACGAGUCCAGACACAGCUUCUUACUGGUUAUAAAGACGGAUUGAGUGGUCCACAUCUGGAUUUGAAGACAAGUCAAAGGCAGCUAUGUCUUCAACGGUGGAUCUGAAGACCAAGGAGGAGAAGGACGCAGAGCUGGACAAACGAAUCGAAGCGUUGAGGAAGAAGAAUGAAGCUUUAGUAAAGAGGUACCAGGAAAUACAAGAGGACAAGAAGAAGGCGGAGCAAGAGGGCAUUGCUGUGACGACGCCACGGAAGCCCCGCCCCCUGGAGCCGGAGCCGGAGAGGCGAAAGCCAGAGAAGGAGAACUUCACCGUCACCGUCGACCUUUCUAAACCCGUGGGGGAGAAACGAGUUGUGAACGACUGGAAGCCCACCACGCCUCGCGCACACAAGACCUCAGAGGAGAACGAUGACCCCAAAGGACCGAGCGACGACCUCAGCACCCCCAGGAGGACGGGGUCUGGACGAGUGGGUCGGGGAGGCCAGAGAGGAGGAGGCGGAAGAGGAGGAGGAGGAGGAGGAGGAGGAGGAGGAAGUAGGGGCGGAGGCCAAGAGAGGAGAAACCGGGAGCCGAGAACGCCCAGAGAGGGAGAGUCUGGAGAAUUAGGAGGUCAGGGACGCAGAGGAGGAAGGAGAGGAGGAAGAGGAGGAGUGGGAGUGGGAGUGGGAGUGGGAGGAGGAGGAGGAGGAGGAGAAGGAGGAGAAGGAGAAGGGACACCAGGUGGACCCGACAGGAAGUCCAAGGAGUGGGAGGAGAAGAGGCGACAGAACAUCGAGAAGAUGAACGAGGAAAUGGAGCGGAUAGCGGAGUACGAGAGAGGACAGCGGACGGAUGGAGACAAGCCGAUCCGUAACUUCCUGGAUGAUCCAAGGCGCUCCGGCCCUGUGCCGGAUUCAGACCGAAAGGAGGGCAGCAGGAGGCACGUCCGGAACUGGGGCGGGCUGGACUUCGACAACGUGAAGACAGGAAAUGAAGUAGAGAGAGAGUGGACCAGCCGACGGCCCGGUCCAAAAGGUUCUGUGGACAUGACCAUGUCAAUGACGGGCCGGGAGAGGGCGGAGUACCUGCGCUGGAAGAAGGAGCGCGAGCAGAUCGACGAGGAGAGGUUAGCACGCCAUCGUAACGCCACGGGCCAGUGGAGGCGGGAGUGGGACGCUCAGAAGACCGAGAACAUGUUCAAGGAAGACCCGUGUGCAGAGGGUAUCACACCUGAACAGGGCGGCAGGGGCGGCAGGAGAGAUGACAACAAACGGCCUCCCAAAGCACCAACGUUUGGAGACUUCCUGUCCCAGGGCAGGACGCAGGGUCCACUAGGGGACCGGAGCCGAGGGAGGGGCCAAGGCCAGAAACAGAACUACAGUAUGCACGACAAUCGCUGGGAGGGAGAAAAAGAGGACGAGGAGAAGGAGAAGGAGGACAAAUCAAAGACGGAGGUGAAGACGAAGAAGAAGAAGACAGAGGAAAACCCAAAACUUCGCUCACCAGAGAAGGUGCAGGAGAAGAAUGAAGACGAAAAGGAAGAAGAUGAUGAUGAGUGGGAGGAUGCGAGCGACGACGGGGAGGUGGAGGAGGAGGGGCUCGACCCGGAACAGGACUCGAGGGACAGCGAGAAGAAGGACACCAGGAAAGAGAAACCCAGCUCGGUCGCGUCGCCCAAACAUCGCCUUCGGACCACCUCGGCAGGAAGCCCCAAGGAGCAGAGGACACCCAGGCCAAAGGUCCACAUCCCCCCGCCCCCGUCGGCUCAGGAGGCGUCAGAAGGUGGCAAACCCCUCAGCCCCUUUUACCCGCUGGAGGGGCACCACCCCGUGUCCGACUGGGGCGAGGAGAUGGAGAUGUUGUCGCCUCGAAGCAGCGUGGGAGAGAGCCCGCCGAAGCCAUCGAGCACCGAGUCCAGUCCUCCUCAGAAGAAAGAGGAGGAGGAGGACAAGGAGGAGGAAGAGGGGGAGCAGAAGGAAGAAGAAGAGAAACAAGAUGGUCGCUCCAGUGAACCCACCGAGUUACAAAAAGAACAAACAGAUGUUUCUUCUGCCUCAGGAAACACCCAGCAGACCGUCACAGUCUCAGAGGCAGACGUUAUCGCUGCAGACUCACCUGAUGUGGUCUGGUCAGACCCCGCCCCCUCAGAGGUUUCAGACCCCGCCCCCUCAGAGGUUUCAGACCCCGCCCCCUCGGAGGUUUCAGACCCCGCCCCCUCAGAGGUUUCUGGUCCCGCCCCCUCAAAGGUCACCGAGGCAGAUGAGACCACUGACCCAGGUACAGAUGUUGCUCUACCACAAGGAGACAAACCUGCUCCUGCUCCUGCUCCUGCUCCUGCUGUCCCUGAAGCUGAGCACAGCUCCUCUGAAGUUGCAGAGGGGAAAGGUGACAAGGCGGUGGCCGGGAGCAACGGCACUCCAACAGAAGGAGCAGAACCGUCCUCAGAACCAACGUCCUCAGGUUGAUGCAGACAGAUGGGGGAGGAGCGGCACUCGUUUAGCUAAACUAUUAAUUGAAACCAUCAUAAUGAGGAAGAGGAGGAGUGACGAAGCAUCGUGGACCAACGUCUCUCUUUGAGCUGAUUCUAAGACUUUAGAUCACAGGUUCUGAUCCGCCUCAGUGUUUCACCUCAUUCUGUUCAGUACCAAGAUAUCAAAGGUAAAAAAAAAGGUCCCUCAGUUCUUUCUGUGUUCAAAAAGUUUUAUUUUUUAUUUUCUCCUGCUGAGUGAAAACGAACUGAUCUGUGAAGACGAAGGACAGAAAGUUUUCAGAUGGUCCUCUCCAUCCCACACAACACGCCAUGUCUUCCUCUGACAGCUUCUGACCACGAAAUGAACCCGGUGUGGAAACGAGAACUUACUGGUAUUUUCAGCAUUUUUAAAAGAUUUGUGCCAAAAAAAAAUCAUAAAAAUAAAUAAAUAAAAAAAUUCAGAAGUAAAACAUUUUAGUUGAUGAGCAACAUAUUUUAAUUUAUUUGUAUAAAUUAUUGAUCUUUAUUUUUUUAUUUUUGGCACAAAUCGGAUUUCAUAGAAAUCAGCCCCAAACUAAACGAUCAAGAAAAUUACACUAAGAAUUUAAAAUAAAAUAAAAAACACAUCUGUUCUGUGA